AUGUCGCAGCCAGUUCUCCGCCGCGCACUCGCCUCUGGCGUCUUUAUCUUGCUUGCUCAAAUUUGGGUUCCGUGGCGGGUCUGGGAGAGUCGAAUCCAGCGGUUGGAUGGACGGAGAGUCUCGGCUGCCGCUCAGUCCUGCCGGGCAUCUGUGACCACGCGGCCACCGGGCUCAUCCCACAGCUCCCGCCCUGGGCUCUCCGCUGGCCCCGACGCACCGGCAGUGCUAGAGCAAGGCCUGGAGCUCCGCCAUCCUGGUUUAGUCAGAUGGCAGCUGACCCCAGGACCAGGACCUCGGUGGCCCUCACAAAGUCCAGAAUUCCACAGGGUGGGUCUGAGGAGUUGGAACGUGUCGAUGUCACCAGCGGGGCAUAGACAACCGGUGCUACCAAACCCCAGCCGGCCGCAAGUGGGACCUCGCUGCCCUAGCGGGAGCGGGCGCAAACUCCCGACCACACGGAGGACCCGGGUGUCAGGGAGAGGCCUCAGCGGAACGCUCAGGAACGACACCCCCGCCCAGAAUUCCGUGUGUGCGCGGCUUCUCAAGACCCUGAAAUUCACCGCCUCCAGGCAGCACGCGGCCCCAGAACGACUCCGGGACUCCAAGAAGGACAGAGCGGAAACUUCCCAUCUAUCCCGAAAGCAGAGGGUCUCCGGUUCGAUGGCAAACCCGCACCCCUCGCCCCCGGGAGCGGAUUUUCCUCCAGCUUUGGCUGUCUUGAGCACCCCGGCAGGAAGUGAGCCCAGCCUUCCCUUUACCGAGCCCCCCACCCCUAACUACCAUUCACGCUUGGAAAGUUCUAGCCGGGGCGAAGAGGAUGCUGCUAACUCCCCGGUGGGUGGAGGAGAGCCAAGGGGCCCUGCGUCCAGCUCCCGGAUCAUCCCCGCGCAGCCCGAACGCUGCCUGCAGACCCGCGAGCAACGACAGUUCGGGUGUUUGCACCCUAGCGCCCUCUGCGCUUGGCGAGGGCCUGUGGACAGCCCGCGGGGCUCAGAAAGGAAACCAGGGCCCCAGGAGCGCUUUCUGAUUCCUGGCCACCGGGUGCAAUUUACAGAAAUCAUCGGGCCGCCGCAUUAUUCAGCUGGCUUUAUCAGCUGGCUGGAAAUUACGUGGAGGAGCCGGGCCGCGCGGCGCGCGGGGCCGCUCACUUUGAUUAAGCGUCUUGCCAGCGCGAUGCUUCAGCAGAGUCCGAUACUGGUCCUCCAAAACGACUCCGCAGACAAGUCCCGCAGGUGCCUAGAGCUUCAGUCCACAAGCCACUACCGUCCCUCACAUUACCGGUUACGAGAAAACUUUGGGGGGAAGGUCCAGGCGGCUGGCGCUGGGGCUAUUCCGAGCCCUCUGGGCUUGGCGCUAUGGCGCCAGGACAGCUCCAGGGUGUUGUCGAAAGUCUGGACCGGGAAGGGCAUGGGUGCGGAUUCCCCACAAAGGGAAAGCAAUGCAGCGGGCCGGCAGGAGACGUACAAACGAGGGGGAGGGGCGCGGGUGGGGGAGGGCGGACCCGACGCACAGGGCCAGCGCCGCGGCGCCCCCUCUCCGCCCGUGGCUGACGCCCCCGGAUUAUUUAUCCGCAAAGUCCCGCGCGCACCCAUUGGGCCGAGGCCCGAGUGUCAGCGCGAGUCCCGGCUCGCCAUUGGCUCCGCACACGGCGGCGGCGGCAGUGGAGGCGGCGCAGGGAGCCCAGGAGCGCAGGGCACCAAAUACCCGGAGCACGGCAACCCCGCCAUCCUACUUAUGGGCUCAGCCAACGGCGGGCCCGUGGUCAAAACUGACUCGCAGCAGCCUCUCGUAUGGCCCGCCUGGGUCUACUGCACACGUUAUUCGGAUCGUCCAUCCUCCGGUCCGCGCACCAGGAAGCUGAAGAAGAAGAAGAACGAGAAGGAGGACAAGCGGCCGCGGACGGCGUUCACCGCCGAGCAGCUGCAGAGACUCAAGGCGGAGUUCCAGGCAAACCGCUACAUCACGGAGCAGCGGCGGCAGACCCUGGCCCAGGAGCUCAGCCUCAACGAGUCCCAGAUCAAGAUCUGGUUCCAGAACAAGCGCGCCAAGAUCAAGAAAGCCACAGGCAUUAAGAACGGCUUGGCGCUGCACCUCAUGGCCCAGGGACUGUACAACCACUCCACCACCACGGUCCAGGACAAAGACGAGAGCGAGUAG